UCUCCAAAUUACCACCCUUUCACUAAAACCCCACAACCAUGCCUUCUACUUCCACUUCUCCACCCAUCAUCCAAUCUCUGAUCAUAGACAUCUACUAUAGAAGAUUUCUGCUCCAAACUCCCCUCUACAAACAACCCACUCAACUAAGACCAUCUUUGACCGGUCCGGCUGGUUCUGAGCCGGAUUCCGGCAUGCCGGGAACUAGCUUCGAUGGCAACGUCGUCAUGAUCCUCGCCGUCCUCCUAUGUGCUUUAAUUUGUGCACUAGGACUCAAGUCCAUCGUCCGAUGUGCACUACGGUGCUCGACCAGGAUGGCGGUCGACGCCGAGCCGAACCCGGUGGCCCGGUUCGCUCAGACCGGCAUGAGGAGGAAGGCACUCCGGGCCAUGCCCACCCUGGUCUACUCGGCCGGUCUCAAGCUCCAUCGAGCUAACCCAGAGUGCGCCAUCUGUCUCUCGGAUUUCGUGCCCGGGGAACGGGUCCGUGUCCUACCCAAGUGCAACCAUGGCUUCCAUAUUGGGUGCAUCGACCGGUGGCUCAUGGCUCGGUCAUCGUGCCCAACCUGCCGGCGAUGUUUGUUUGGUUCGAGCCCGAAGUCCCCGGGUUGCGCCGCGAUGAACCGUCCGGCUCCUGUGCCAGUUCAGUCGGUCCUGGUACCCUUGGAACCAGAAGGUUUGGUUACCAAUUAUGAAUCAUAGCAUGGGAAUUAUUAGUUAGAGUCAAAACUUUUUUUGAGCAAAUCAGUGCUGUUAAAUACUAGAAUUUACUUCAGUGUCCAAAUGUAGGCAAAUUGUAUAUACUUGGCCACUGAAAAGUUUUAGUUAUGUUCGUCAAAAUAUUAUAUGUCAAGAGAGAAGUGUGGUUCUAAAUUUUUAGAUGACUUGCAACUUGCGGUCUUAUUUUCCUACAUUAUGUUGUUUUUUAAUCUAAUUUUCUUUUAGAUGUACUUAAAAUGUGGAGGUGUGGUUUGAUAUUCCAGUACCUUGUUCCUACCUUUGGCUACAAUGGAAAUAGCCACAGCUGGUAGCAUGUUUUCCUAUUUAAU